AUGCAAUAAUAUUCCCCUAGAGCAAUUAUUUGGAUGACAUAUCUCAAUUAUUUACCUCAAGAUUAAACUCAAUAAUUGUCAUUCCUUAAAAAAUAAUAACAGCUCUAUUAUUCCUAUAUAGAUGAAUUCAUUAAUUAUGAACUCUUAGAAAUUUUCAAUAUUUUGGACAAUAUAGACUCUGAUCAGAACUCUCUCAGUUUUAGUUCAUUCUAAACCAUUCAAACCCAAGUUAUCAAUUCAUGUAUGGAUUAUAAUGAAUAUAUCUAAAAUGAGCAACUAUAUGAAAUGAUUGAAAAAGAUGUUCCGUAUCUUAAUAUAUUUUUAUUUUAAGUCGUACAUUAUCCAAGUAAUCUAUUAUGAAAGAACAAACAAAUGCCAGGUUCUCUUAAUACUUUUUUACUGAUUAAUAUAAAAGGAGAAAAUUAUAAAAUAACACUCUACCUAUACAUCAAGAUAUACUCAUUCGAAUUUUAUAUAUAUAUGGUAAACUUAACCCAGCUAUUAAAUAUAUGUAAGGAAUGAGUGAUUUGCUUGCCCCAUUAUAUUUGAUCAUUAAAAAUGAAGCAGAUACAUUUUUUUGUUUUACUAAAAUAAUGGCUCAACUUAAAGAUGCAUAUAUUUCCACACUUGAUUUUACUAACACUGGAAUUAGAGGUCUUCUCUUAAAUUUUGAAACUCAAUUCAAAUUAAAAGAACCAAAUUUAUUCAAGUAUUUAUAUAAUCUCGGCAUUCAUCCAUAUAUGUAUGGUUAUAGAUGGAUUAUCACUUGUAUGUCACGUGAAUUCUAUCUAGAUUAAAUCUAUUAAAUAUGGGAUCUAAUGUUACAUAAUCGCAAUAUGCAUGAUUUCAUUAUCAAAUUUGCUAUUGCAAUUCUUAAAUAUUUAAAACCCUAGUUAAUUGAAGCUGAUUUUAAAUUAGCUUUUGAUAUUUUGAUGAAUAGCGAAAAAGAUGUUCUUCAAAUUCUCAACUUUAUGUGA